CAGAAAGACGUGUCUGAGGUUACAUCGAAUAACAGUAUUUUAGAAUUCGUACAAUUUUGUGUCUUUCCUUCGGUAUUUUUAAGAACAGUGUACGUUUUUGUGCGAUUAAUGAAAGUUUGUGUUAUGUGAAUUUGUUUUUGUGUUUGUUGUUUUUAAAUAAAAAAAAUCAAAUGUCGAGUUACGGCAGUACUUCACCAUCGGACGAAGGUUUCGAGAGGUACGAGCCACCAUUCUACUGUCCUCCAUCACAUCAAGGUAGUCCAAUGGACGGUGGCGUGUACUGGCCGGCGAAUAGCGAAGCUCAUGAGUUCGAUGCCCAGGAUAUGUACCAUGACAGUAGCCAUUACAUUAGCAGGAAUUAUGGUUACGAUGAAAUGCAACUAUCAAGCAACGAGCCAUACGAAAUCUAUCACAGUAAUAUGAUACAUCAUAAUUUUACGCAAAAUAAUCCAGGUAUGGACUGUGAAAUGCAAACAUUGCCGCGCUACGAUCGAGCGCCGCCAUCUUUUGUCAGAGUUGUCAAACGGAGAACAACAGCCAAUAAGAAGGAGAGGCGACGAACUCAAAGCAUCAACACUGCUUUCACCGAUUUGAGGGAGUGUAUACCAAACGUACCCCCAGACACAAAACUAUCCAAGAUGGUGCGACCGAGAUCGCAGAGCAUCAAUACAGCGUUCUCUAAGCUUAGAGAUCGCAUCCCAAGCGUCCUACCUGACACAAAGAUGACUAAGAUUAAAACGCUCCGCCUCGCCACCUCUUACAUCUCCUAUCUCCUGAAAGUCCUGGAGACGGACGGAGAGCCAGCGGGUGGGUUUAGAGCUGAGUUACAUCACACCCCCCCGAGGAGGAGAAACGCUGAGCACACGUCACAGAACUCUUCAGAAAAGAAAGGCAAAGGACGCACCGGUUGGCCUCAACACGUCUGGGCGUUAGAAUUAAAAAGCGAACAGAAUUUGCAAACAUAACUCAUAACAAUAUUGAAUUGUAAAUAAAACAUAGUCUAAUUAUAUUAAUUUUAGAAACACUUUAAUUUAAAAAAUG